GCCCCGACCGCCCUCGGAGCCGCGGCGACAGCGGCCCUCACGCAGCCCCUCAGCCGCGUGGCGCUCUAGCGGCGCCCGGAGGGAGGCGCCCUCCUGCGGCGGCGCCUCGUUCGCCGCCCGUCCGCGGAGGCGGGAAGGGAAAGGCGUGCCUCGCGGUCGGGACGGCGCUAUGGCGUCAUCAGCACGCGUCGCGGAGCGCCGCUCGGCCGGAGCGAUGUCGCCGCCGCUGCUUUUUAGCCUGCCCGAGGCGCGGCACCGCUUCACGAUUUCCACCAGAGAAGCUCUGCACCACAAAACCCUCAAACCGCUGUUGAACGCCUUUAAUCAGAUUCCCGGGAGCGAAAAUGAGAAGAAGUGUACCCUGGAUCAAGCUUUCAGAGUUAUCGUAGAAGAGGAAAUAAUAAACAAAGCUCCGUGUGAAAACCUGUUGGCAAUUAUUUCUCUUGCUAUUAAUGGAGUCACUGAAGGUAUCUGCACUGCAUCGACACCUUUUGUGCUUUUGGGAGAUGUUCUGGAUUGCUUGCCUCUGGAUCAGUGUGAUAAAAUUUUCACUUUUGUGGAGAAGAAUGUUGCUACAUGGAAAUCAAACAUGUUUUAUUCUGCAGGGAAGAACUACUUGCUACGAAUGUGCAAUGACCUUCUAAGGAGAUUGUCUAAAUCACAAAACACAGUCUUUUGUGGAAGAAUUCAACUGUUCUUGGCUAGAUUGUUUCCGCUAUCUGAGAAGUCAGGACUCAACUUGCAGAGUCAGUUUAACCUGGAAAAUGUGACUGUUUUCAAUACUAAUGAACACGAGAGCACUCUUGGGCAGAAGCACUCAGAGGAGAGAGAUGAAGGAAUGGACGUAGAAGAAGGUGAGAUGGGAGACGAUGAAGCACCAACAAGUUGUUCCAUUCCAAUAGAUUAUAACCUGUAUAGAAAAUUCUGGUCGCUUCAGGAUUACUUUAGAAACCCUGUGCAGUGCUAUGAGAAGGUCUCAUGGAAAACUUUUCUUAAGUACUCAGAAGAAGUUUUGGCUGUUUUCAAAAGUUACAAAUUGGACGACACGCAGGCUUCCCGAAAAAAGCUGGAAGAGCUAAAAACAGGUGGAGAACACGUGUACUUUGCCAAGUUCCUAACCAGUGAAAAGCUGAUGGAUUUGCAGCUGAGUGACAGUAACUUCCGCCGUCACAUCUUGUUGCAGUAUCUAAUUCUGUUUCAGUAUCUGAAGGGACAGGUCAAAUUUAAAAGUUCAAACUAUGUUCUAACAGAUGAGCAGUCUCUUUGGAUUGAAGAUACUACAAAAGCUGUUUACCAGCUUCUUUCAGAAAAUCCUCCAGAUGGGGAAAGAUUCUCAAAAAUGGUAGAGCAUAUAUUAAAUACUGAAGAGAACUGGAACUCAUGGAAAAACGAAGGCUGCCCAAGCUUUGUGAAAGAAAGAUCUCAGCCAGAGUUUCAGCUUGGGCCUCCUGAUUCUAAGCCAAUGAGGCCUGCAAGAAAGAGGCCAGCUCCAGAGGACUUCUUAGGAAAAGGACCAAACAAAAAAAUUCUUAUGGGGAAUGAGGAGCUGACCCGACUUUGGAAUUUAUGUCCUGAUAACAUGGAGGCUUGUAAAUCUGAGAGCAGGGAAUAUAUGCCAACACUGGAAGAAUUCUUUGAAGAAGCCAUUGAACAAGCAGAUCCUGAAAACAUGGUUGAAAAUAAGUACAAGGCUGUGAACAACUCCAACUAUGGGUGGAGAGCACUAAGACUGCUGGCACGCAGAAGCCCCCAUUUCUUCCAGCCAACAAAUCAACAGUUCAAGAGCUUACCAGAAUAUCUAGAAAACAUGGUAAUCAAAUUAGCCAAGGAGCUGCCUCCUCCUUCUGAAGAAAUAAAAACAGGCGAAGAUGAAGAUGAGGAAGAUAAUGAUGCUUUAUUAAAGGAGAACAAUGAAAGUCCAGAGGUACAACGGGACAAACCCAUGACAGGGGAACAAAUGGAAACAUUUGCCAUCAGGCUGGGGGAGCAUUGGAGAGCUUUGGCCCCCUACUUGGAAAUGAAGGAUUCUGACAUCCGUCAGAUCGAGGCGGAUAGUGACGACGUGAAGAUGAGAGCCAAGCAGCUGCUGGUUGCCUGGCAGGACCAGGAGGGUGUACACGCCACACCAGAGAACCUGAUCACUGCGCUGAGCAAAGCGGGGCUGGGGGACCUUGCCGAGAGCCUGACCAAUGACACCGACACCAGCAGCUAGCGUGCUGCCUCCCUUCUUCUUGGCGAGGUUACAGUGAUACCCUUGGUACUAGGAGCAGGUCUGUAAUAGGUAUCUCAUUUCAAAAGAAAAAAAUCAAUAAACCCUUUUUAUAAUA